UGCUGCCGGAGGGAGGGAACGAAAGCGCGUGCAAGAGAGCGAGAGCGAGGCUCGCAGGCAUGGGUGAGAGACACGGAGCCUGCCUUUCCUGAGGGGCGCCUUAGGCUCCCCUUCUCCGGCUUAGGCGGCGGCCUGACAGCCCUCUCCCCGUGUGAGAAACCAUGGCAAGCCCAGCAAAAGAGAACAACUACAGAAUGAAGAGCUACAAAAACAAGGCACUGAAUCCUGAGGAGAUGCGACGGAGAAGAGAGGAGGAAGGGAUCCAGCUGCGCAAACAGAAGCGGGAGCAGCAGCUCUUUAAACGAAGAAAUGUGGAGCUGAUUAGCGAAGAUUCUACUAUGUUUGACAGUCCCCUGGCUGAUUCAUUCGUUAGCUCUACCACUGCUGGGGAGGGAGUUAUCACAAGAGAGAUGGUGGAAAUGCUGUUCUCAGAAGACCCUGACCUUCAGCUAGUAACUACCCAGAAGUUCAGGAAACUGCUUUCUAAAGAGCCAAAUCCUCCAAUUGAUGAAGUGAUAAGCUCUCAGGGAGUAGUGGACAGGUUUGUUGAAUUCCUCAAGAGAAGUGACAAUAGCACAUUACAGUUUGAAGCUGCGUGGGCACUAACAAACAUUGCCUCUGGCACCUCUCUACAAACCAAGAUAGUAAUUGAGGCUGGAGCCGUUCCAAUCUUCAUUGAGCUGUUGAGCUCCGAUAUUGAAGAUGUCCAGGAGCAGGCUGUUUGGGCGCUGGGGAACAUUGCUGGAGACAGCUCUGCUUGUCGCGACUACGUCCUGAACUGUGACAUCCUUCCCCCUUUGUUGUUGCUCCUCACAAAAUCAACCCGGUUGACAAUGACACGAAAUGCUGUUUGGGCUUUGUCGAAUUUGUGCAGAGGGAAGAACCCACCCCCUGAAUUUGAAAAGGUGUCGUCCUGUUUGCCUGUCUUGUCACGCUUACUCUUCAGCAGCGACUCAGACUUGCUGGCAGAUGCAUGCUGGGCGCUCUCCUACCUAUCAGAUGGCCCUAAUGAGAAAAUCCAGGCUGUAAUAGACUCUGGGGUAUGUCGCCGACUGGUGGAGUUGCUAAUGCAUACGGAUUACAAGGUGGCUUCCCCAGCUCUGCGAGCUGUUGGCAAUAUUGUGACAGGGGAUGACAUCCAGACUCAGGUGAUUCUGAAUUGCUCAGCUCUGCCUUGCCUCCUUCAUCUGCUCAGCAGCCCCAAAGAAUCCAUCCGGAAAGAAGCCUGCUGGACGAUCUCCAAUGUCACAGCAGGGAACAGAGCUCAAAUACAGGCUGUCAUAGAUGCCAACAUUUUCCCAGUGCUGAUUGAGAUUUUGCAAAAGGCUGAAUUCCGGACACGGAAAGAGGCUGCAUGGGCAAUCACAAAUGCUACAUCUGGUGGAACCCCAGAGCAGAUCAAGUAUUUGGUAAAUCUGGGCUGCAUCAAGCCACUCUGUGACCUCUUGACAGUCAUGGACUCCAAGAUUGUUCAAGUGGCUCUCAAUGGCUUGGAGAACAUUUUGCGACUGGGUGAGCAAGAGGCCAAGCAGAGCAGCACUGGCAUCAACCCUUACUGUAGCCUCAUUGAGGAAGCAUAUGGCUUGGAUAAAAUAGAGUUCCUCCAGAGCCAUGAAAACCAAGAGAUCUACCAGAAGGCCUUUGACCUGAUUGAGCACUAUUUUGGUAUUGAGGACGAUGACUCCGCUUUGGCUCCCCAGGUAGAUGAGAACCAGCAGCAGUUCAUCUUCCAGCAACCCGAGGCCCCCAUGGAAGGCUUCCAGCUAUAACAUGUGCUGAGUGUAUAUGGGGGGAAACACCGUAACUUUGCUGGGAAGUUAACCACGGAGAGCCUUCUGUCUCCUAGCCCCCGAUCUCUUGUCUGCAGAGCGCAAGGCUGUAAAGCGCCAACUCCAUCGGUUACAAAUGGCUUUCUCCUUCACCAACACCUGGCAGUAAUGCUUUGCUCUCAUGAGGAAGAGAGAUUCUUACACACACAGUAAAUAUAUCUUUUCUUUUGCUGCUCCACGGUGUAUCAAAAGCAGGGGCUGAGGUGGAUGAAAGAAGAGGUGUAUAUUCGCGUUGCACCUUCUAGCACAUGUGUUCCCCCCCUUUUCUGUGGUGGCUUUUCCUCAAAUGUUGUGACUCUUCACUUGGGUACUCGAGAGAUGACACUCUUCAUUGGGAGAAGGCAAAAAGACACACACUGGAGCCGAGGAGUCUAACCCUGGACGCUUUGGGCUCAACUAUUUAAAAAUACUUUUUUGCACAUGUUAAUUUUUAUUAAAGACUCCUUAAUCUGCCAAAAGUACUGCUUUGGCCCUCACUUUUUUUUUUGUUGGAAAACCUUCUUGCCAAACAGCACCUUUCAAGUGAUGUGGGCCUGGUGAUGGCCACAAUUUUCUUCCUCCUGCCCCACUGUUAAAAACAUCCGAUGCAGGAAAAGUUGGACAACUCCCAUCAUACCCCAUCACAUGUUCACAAGACUUUAUCCUUGGUGGUGGUGGGGAAUUUUUGAAUUGUUCAAAGCAGCAAGCCCUGUCCCCUCCAGCCCAUAAAGGUCCCCUAUGAGGGAGAGGUGCAUGAUAAAAGGACUUGAAGCACAACUACCGUGAAGGUAGGCUUCACUUACAUUUGCUACUGACUGAAGUGUUGAAAACUGGUGGAAGAAACCCCAUCUUACAUCUUUACUUGAAGAAAAAAAAUUCAAAACUUAUGGAAGCUCUCUUUUUUGGGGGGGAGGAGCAGUUCAUGUCGUUCCCCCCCCCCCCCCACCUCCCCAUACCCUUGGACAGUUGUAAUGGGGACAGACGUGAUUUUUUUUUCUUGGGGAGAGUGAUAUUAGUUACACUCGGUGGCAUAAUUUACUCUGUUAAUUCAAAUAGCCAAGUGGCCUGUUUCUCUCAGAAUUACCUCCUGCUCACAACUAUAUUGUGUACAUUUACUUCUAAAUGAAGAAGUCAAAGUUCUGUAUUUUUUAUAUAUUAUAUACACAUAGAUAUUUGUCUAAUCUGGUCUUCAGAAGCAGGGGAAUUAUAAAAUUCUUAUAAGAGAAAUGGGGUACUGUGUAGCAGUCCUGCCCAGAAACAUGGCUGUGCUUCUCAUGUAUGUACGGUAUGAAACACUUGCUUGAUUGAAUUCUUAUUACUGGGCAGAGCUACUUGGAUAAGGCUGGAUGUUAGCCGCAUCAGGCAAUCCAUAAAUUUAUUUCUGGGGUAGGGGAAGAGACCCCUUCAGGUGUCUUAAUAGAACCUUACUGUAUGCACAUAUUCCCCUUCUUGCUUUCCAAGGUCUGGAUUCAGGGUUCCCAAAGCCUUCUAGUACAGACAUUCAAGUAGAUAUGAAAUUGGAGGUGAAGCCUUUGGCUGUAUUUUGUAACAGAUUUACUCUUCUCAUUGUUUAGAAAAAAAAUGCCAAGGAAGUUAAUAAACUACAUCUGUGCAUUCAAUGACUGCAAACCAGAUAA